CCUGGUAACCUGACACCUUUAGUUCUUCUUCGUCUCUAGCCUGAACUCCAUGUGCCAAACUCCUGACCGCCGGUUCUUCUUCUCCGAUGAGACAGUUCAGGACGGCACAGAGAGACGACAUGACAGCCAGCUGUAAACAUAACCCGAGUGUAGGAGAGAAAUCCGGUAAAAACCGUCGGGUUGUUUCGGUUUGAAUCAGACGUCGGCCAAAAGCAGCGAAGAAGAAAUAACUUCUCCCCGAGCGCGAGACGUCAGAGGACUAAAGCCGCGUUAAAGGAGCCGGUUUAACACUUUUAUAUAGACUUUAAAGACUUUACGCAGUUUGUUUUUAUCUCUUUAAAAUGCUCACGCUGACCUUACGGAGCGCUCUCCGGCCGAUGGGGCCGAAGUUACCGCCGGGACUGAAGCCCUCGGCGGCGGGGAGGCUGCCGUGGACAGGGCGGUGCACACCGAGCUGCAGUCUCGGCACUCACGGCAGGAACGAGCCGAAGGAGCCGCUGAACUCCCCGAAGAGAGCCAAAGAGUUCAUCUACCGACUGCAGCCGAAGGAGAGGACGUGUUUACUGCACGAGCUGCAGAGCUUCGAGUCAAUAGCCAUCGCUCAAGAGACGUUGGCUCCCUCGCCGCCGACUGCAGCUCAGAUCAGAUACGUUUUAUUCCAUAACGCCCUCCCCUUCGUUGGCUUUGGUUUCCUCGACAACGCCAUCAUGAUCGCAGCAGGGACGCAGAUCGAGCUCUCCAUCGGGGUCACUCUGGGGAUCUCCACCAUGGCGGCUGCAGCUCUGGGGAACCUGGUCUCAGAUCUGGCCGGUCUCGGCCUUGCAGGUUAUGUGGAGUCUCUGGCCUCCAAACUGGGGAUGCAGGUCCCUGAUCUGACGCCCAAACAGGUGGACAUGUGGCAGACCAGAGUCAGCUCUCACAUGGGGAAAGGCAUCGGAGUGACCAUCGGCUGUAUCCUGGGGAUGUUCCCACUGCUGUUGAUGGGCGACGAUGAUGACAAGAAGGAGAAAGAAGAGAAGCCCUGCAGCGGCUCGCAGUCCGACUCGUCCUGAGCGUGAGCGCUGCAUCUUUAACCCUUCAGCCAAACAAACAAACAAACAAACAAACAAACAAACAAACAAACAAUCAAACUCUCCUCCUACACGACACGGUCAACGCUGCUGAUGUCACAAGUAUUGACACUGAAUGUGUCAGCAGUCUGUGUGUCCCUGCUCGGCGUGCUCGGCGUGCUGGGCGCUCUCGGCGUGCUCCAUCAGCACACACGUCUGUUUGCUCCGUCUGGACGUCUCUUUAACUUCUCUAACUCUGCAUGUUUAGAGUCCAUCAUCAGUCCAGCAGUGGACGCCACCACCAGAGACACAAACACUCCUGGAGGAAGAACUCCCUCAUUCUUCCACACGAGGGCACUACUUCAUGUUUUUAUUUUCAUGCAUAUUUAAUUUAAAACUUCUCGUAGAUAUCGGGAGACAUCAAACUAAAGGAACAAAGCGUGCAGAUAAUGUUUACAACACUAUAAAAUAAUCAGUCUAACCUUUACUUGUUCUCACUUUAAAGAGCAGGUGUGAGUCUGUGUAAAAAGAUGGACGACACUUCUCCACCUUCUCAUGGAACAAAGUGAAGCCAAAAUCUACCUCCCGACAGGUGCGGACAUAUCGUACCGGUGACGUCAUUUGGAGUCAGAGUUGGACUCCGCCCUUUCCUCUAACCAAAACACUAAUUUACCUUCCUGCUGAAAGGUCAAAGGUCGCUCCGGUGGGUUCAGUCACAGCAGAACAGAUUCUAGUGUCUGUUUGAAGCAGACGCUCACGGUGAUGAAAAGUUGAUUCUUGUGUUUGUGUUUGUUACUUUUCCUCUCACCGUUCCUCCUCUACUCUGAUAAUCUGCUUCACAGAGCAACACAGGAGCCUCAUUGGUCAACACAGCUAUCAAUCAAAGACCUCUUACACCUUGAAAUAACGGAUGAAAACUGAACUUCUCUGAAACAUGAACACUGUCAAAAAUCAGCGUGAUAAGAACUAUUAACCAUAUUAGAGAAACAUUGAUCUGCAUGUGUUUUGAUUUUAUAGUUUGUCCCAUCUGUUAACAUGGAGGAGGUGGAGCUUAUGACCUAUACUGCAGCCAAUGAGCAGGGGGAGCUCUAACUGUUUUGGCUUCACUUUCAGGGAGCUGUCAUGUCGUCCAUCUUGUUACACAGACUGUUAGACAAACUUUGAUUUAUUUUAAUUGAUGAUCUUUUUUUUUCUUUUGAUCUAUUAUGAUUAUUUUUAUUGUUCAUUAUUUACAGAUAUAUUUAAGAAGCUGAAAUCAAAUAAUCUACAUUACUCAUCUCAUUAAAUGUCAAAUAUAAGAUUUAAUUUUAUAUUAAAUUUAAGUUUGUGAUGAGACACUUUGAACACUCGAGUACAUUUUAAAACGAGUGUUGGCGGUUUGAAUCUUUAAUAUUUUAAACAUGUCAGAGGAUCCGUGCGUCCUCUGCUACGUCUGUGGGAACGUUUUUGUUAAAUGCUUCAAAAUCUUCACCUGUUUAUGUACAGAUGUAUGAGGCGUUCAGGGCCGACAAACUGUCUGGAAACUUGAGUUUUCACCUCAGUUUUAUGCUUUAACGGAUGUUUUCUUUUUCUCUCUGACAUCUCUUCUCCUCUUCCUCUCCUCUGUUCCUCCUCUAAUCCUCCUCUUCCUCUCCUUCCUCUCCUCUGUUCCUCCUCUAAUUCUCAUCCAGCCGUCUGUGUGAUUAGUUUUGAGCUUGUUUCCUCAGACUUGAAGCUACAGAUGGUCAGGAUUUUCCUCACAACACCGAGCCAAAAAAAACAAAACUGUUCAAACUACGAGAGUUCUCCCUCCCUCUCUCGCCUCCUCUCUCUCCCUCCCUCCCUCUCUCGCCUCCUCUCUCUCCCCCUCUCUCCAGCUUUAUUUAUAUAUUAAAAGAGUUUUUUGAAACAAAGUUAAUCCUUUUAAUCAUCACUCUAGUGAUUCUCCCCACUCGUUUCUUUUUGAAGCUUAAACUUAUGAUUAAAGACGAAGGUGUCUAUGAUUUUCUGUCUUACAUCCAAGAGCUAAAACUGAAGUCUGUCUUCAUAUCAGCUGUUUUUUUAUUUUGGCGCAUUCAAACAUCAGAUUAAUGAGCACAUGAUGUCAUGAGGAGAAAAGAGAGACGGUGACAUCUGACAUAAAGCCACAGCUCUGUGUCACUUCCUGUUUUACCACGCGGUUAUAAAAAGA